GUCCAAACAGAGAUUUGCAUUGUGAAAAUGCGCGAAAUUGUGAACAUUCAAGCAGGCCAGUGUGGCAACCAGAUUGGAUCUCGGUUCUGGGAGUUGAUAUCCGGCGAGCACGGGAUCCACACGGACGGCUCGUAUAAGGGGACAAACGAGAUCCAGCUGGACAAGAUAAACGUCUUCUUCAACGAGACGAUAUACAAGCGCUACGUGCCUCGAGCCGUGAUCGUCGACCUCGAGCCAGGGACCAUAGACGCGAUCCGGGCGAGCACCUUCGGUGACAUAUACCGUCCCGACAACUUCAUCUUCGGGCAAAACGGCUCGAGCAACAAUUGGGCCAAGGGCCACUACACCGAGGGCGUCGAGAUAGUCGACCAGGUGCUCGACGUGGUGCGCCGCGAGGCGGAAAACUGCGACUGCAUCCAGGGCUUCCAGCUGACCCACUCCCUCGGGGGUGGCACCGGCUCCGGGAUGGGCACCCUCUUGCUGUCGAAAAUCAGGGACGAGUACCCCGAUCGGAUAAUCAACGCCUACUCGAUCCUCCCCUCGCCUAAGGUCCAGGACACCGUGGUCGGCCCGUACAACGUGCUGCUCUCGCUCCAGCAGCUCGUCAAUCUCACCGACUCGACCUUCUGCGUCGACAACCAGGCGCUCUACGAGAUCUGCGUGCGCUCCCUCGAGAUGCCCAGCCCGAGCUACUCGGACCUCAAUCACCUCGUCUCGCUCACCAUGUCGGGCGUCACAACUUGUCUGAGGUUCCCAGGUCAACUGAACGCCGAUCUGCGCAAGCUAGCUGUCAACAUGGUGCCUUUCCCGCGACUCCACUUUUUCCUGUCCGGCUUCGCGCCCCUGAUAUCCCAAGCCAACAAAGACUUCAAUGGGCUCACAGUGCCCGAGUUGGCCCACCAAAUGUUCGACUCGAGAAACGUUAUGGCCGCGUGCGAUCCUCGCAACGGAAGAUACCUGACGGUGGCAGCGAUUUUCCGGGGGCAAAUAUCUAUGAAGGAGGUGGACGACGAGAUGUUGAACGUCCAGAACAAAAACAGUUCGUAUUUUGUCGACUGGAUCCCAAACAACGUGAAGACCGCCGUGUGCGACAUACCGCCCAAGGGGCUCCAGAUAUCGGGUACCUUCCUCGGGAACAGCACCGUCAUUCACGAGCUCUUCAAACGCGUGUCCGAGCAAUUCGCGGUCAUGUUCAAGCGCAAGGCCUUCCUUCACUGGUUCACCAGCGAGGGUAUGGAAGAGAACGAGUUUACCGACGCGCACGCCGACCUGCUCGAUUUGAUAGCUGAGUAUCAGCAAUACGAGACAAGCAGCGGCUCCGAGGCCAACGAUUAUAAUGUGGCUAACAUCGGCGACAUGAGUGCCAUCGAGGAGGAGACGGACGAGGAGGUGAUUGACUCUGCACCAAAAGGCGAACCAAGCCCAGAGAGCCAUCCUCGGCCGCCAAAUGCAAGGCCGUCUUGCCAGUAA